AUGGAAGAUAUUACUCCAGUAAAGGAGAUUGACUCAAUCAAGGACGAUUUCACAAUAAAGGUUCACACCAUACGUCUUUGGACUCAAAAGUCAAAAUUUGAUGCAAAUGACACAUACUCGAUUGAAACGAUUCUGAUGGAUGAGGAGGGAAGGAAAAUUCAUGCAUCUUGUGUGAAGAAAUGGUUUCCUAAAUUCCAGCGCUAUUUAAAAGAGGAUACUUCAUUAUACAUCAGGAAACCUAAUGUCGCACCAAAUACUUCAAACUUUAACUUUGCUGAUCCGGAAAGAAAACUUACUUUAAAUCCUGAUACAACUCUAAAAGAGUGUGAAAACUUUUCUGGUUCUGCACAUGACUUUGCUUUUGUUGACUUCAAUACGAUUCUUUCUAACAACAUCCUGGAGUCAAACUCUAUUGAUAUUAUUGGACACAUUUUUGAAUAUGGGCGUAUGGACACCUCGGAACAAGAUAAAUCAAAACAUAAAAUGCUCAUGCAUCUUCAAGAGAUAAAGGAUACUAAGCUUAAGGUAACUUUGUGGGGUCAUAAUGCAUACUACAUGCAUGAUUUUCUUACUAACAAUAACAGCCUUGCUCCAGUUGUUGUUAUUGUUCAAUUUGCCAAAGUGAAGUUUAUUAAUGGUCAUCCUUUUAUAUCCACUUACUUUGAUGAAAAAACGGUCGUUAUUGUUGGUACUGUUAAGGGAAUACGUCAAAACAUACGUUGGUAUUACCUUGCUUGUAGCAACUGCAAAAAGUCAGCAAAACAAAAAGAGUCUUCUACUAAUAAGCUUGGCAUCAAUUUGGAUUUGUAUCCAAUGGAGUUGAAAGUUGUGGUGGACAAAAAGUUGGCAAUUAAGAUUGAUAUCUCAAGUUACAAUAUCACAAAAAGUUGGCAAUUAAGAUUGAUAUCUCAAGGUGACAAUUUAACACCUUGUGCUAGGGACAACUCAACUGCAACAAGUCCUACAAAGUUGAUUUCUACACCAACUGAGUUGAAAAGAAAUCUUGCUACAUGCAUAGAUCUUGAUGAAAUGGAGAAUUUGUCAACAUCUAAGUCUGCUCGAUUGUCACCACCGGAUGAACAACCAAUGCCUCUUUUGGUCCCUAAGAAAGAAAAGUAA